GGCAAAAGCGAAGCGGAAUCGAAGUGUCGCGGUGCCCUGCUAGCGCAGGAGUUUUCAAACAGCGCCUAAAGCGUACAGACCCAGCUCCAUUGUUCGGCAGAUAAUUGACAAAAAAGUGGUCUGAUAAAGUGACAAAAUGAGUGCGAAACGCAUCAAACAGGAACCAAACACCAAGAAAAGGGUACCGCAAGAACCCGUAGCGGUAGCGCUGAAGGAAGCGAAGCAGGAAAAGGUGGACAUCGACGAGAUGGAGCUGAUGACCGCCGGGUUGGAGGAUGACGAGGAGGGCGGUUGCUACUUUGUGGAUCAGAAGGGCAACUACUACUUCCAGGCCAGCGAGGACGCGGAACUGCGGGCGGUAGAAAAUGGGCCAUCGGAUUACGAACCGCUGACCGGGGGCGAGCAGGAAAAGACUGAGGAAGAGGUCAGCUACGUGCUGAUCAUGAACGACGGUGAGAACAAAUCAACGAUCGUUGUGAACGACACCGACGAGGCGGGGCUGGACCCGGACGGAAAGGACAACGAGAUUUACGAUUUCGACGACCCGGACUACAUAGUGCCGGACCAGGAGCCGGCAGCGAAAAACAAGCCAGCACGCGCCAAGCGUGGCCAAGCGAGCACCGGCUCGAUGUACAUGUGCAACUACUGCAACUACACCAGUGGCAAGCUGUUUCUGCUGUCCCGCCACCUGAAAACACACUCCGACGAUCGGCCGCACAAGUGUGUGGUGUGUGAGCGGGGCUUUAAAACGCUCGCCUCGCUGCAAAACCAUGUCAACACGCACACGGGCACCAAGCCCCAUCGGUGCAAGCACUGCGACAAUUGUUUCACGACCUCCGGCGAACUGAUCCGGCACAUCCGCUACCGGCACACGCACGAGCGUCCCCACAAGUGCACGGAGUGUGACUACGCGAGCGUGGAGCUGAGCAAGCUGAAGCGUCACAUCCGUACGCACACCGGGGAAAAGCCGUUCCAGUGUCCGCACUGUACGUACGCGUCGCCGGACAAGUUCAAGCUGACGCGGCACAUGCGAAUCCACACCGGCGAGAAGCCCUACUCCUGUGACGUGUGUUUCGCCCGGUUCACGCAAUCCAACUCACUGAAGGCGCAUAAAAUGAUACACCAAGUUGGCAACAAGCCCGUUUUCCAGUGCAAACUGUGCCCUACGACCUGUGGCCGCAAGACCGAUUUGCGCAUCCACGUGCAGAACUUACACACGGCGGACAAACCGAUCAAGUGUAAGCGCUGCGACAACACGUUCCCCGAUCGAUACAGCUACAAAAUACACGCGAAAACGCACGAAGGUGAAAAGUGCUACCGGUGCGACUAUUGCCCAUACGCCUCGAUAUCGAUGCGCCACCUGGAAUCGCAUCUGCUGCUCCACACGGACCAAAAACCGUACAAGUGCGACCAGUGCGCGCAGACCUUCCGGCAGAAGCAGCUGCUGAAACGGCACAUCAACUACUACCACAACCCGGACUACGUGGCACCGACCCCGAAAGCGAAAACGCAUUCCUGCCCAAGCUGUACCCGGUCGUUCCGGCACAAGGGCAACCUGAUCCGGCACAUGGCACUGCACGAUCCGGAAUCGACGAUGAGCAAGGAGCUGGAGGCGUUGCGCGAAGGUCGCCAGAAGAAGGUGCAGAUAACGUUCGAGGACGAACUGACGUACAAGGGCGAAGAGGAAGAGUACGAAGGCGAGGAAGAUGAAGACGAAGAGGAGGAAGGGGAGGACGAGGAGGAGGAGGAGGAGGAAGAGGAAGAUGAGGGGCAGGCGGAGGACGAGAAUGAGGAGGAGGAGGACGAAACCGGCAUGCCGAUGGAAACGAGCGAUAUGGUCACGGUCGAGGAUGAGGAUGGGCAGUACGUGGUGCUGGAAGUGAUACAGCUACAGGAUAAGGAUAGUAAAGCGGCCGACAGCAAGGCGCCGAAGAAGCGGGCCAGCAAACGAAAGGCGACGGCCACUGCGACGGCAACACCGACCGCUACAGCACAACCAUCCAGUUCCUCCAAAACGGCGACCACCACCGGAACGACUGUGGCAACACCGACGACAUCGCGCGUAACGCGCAGUGUAAAGAAGGAACCGAUCGAGCUGGUGUCCCCCCAGGAUCAUCAUACGCUCGAUAUGGACGGGAUCAGUUUGGUAAUGGUGGAGGAGGACGGUGAGGACGGUGCGCAGCAGAUUGUGAUCGAACGGGAGAGUGGUGGUCAGUCGGGCGAUGAGUUUAUCCUUUCGACGGAAGACUCCAUCGAUUUGCAGCACACGGAAAUGCUGAUGUCUUCGCUGCAGAGCGCAAAACGAUCGCGCUUCGACGUUACCAUAAGUCAGGACGAGCUGGAGAAAAAUAUGAGCAACUGCUUCGGAUUCGAUGAUGACGAUGAUGAAGUUUUGGACACCAAAGCUACGAUAACGCUGCUAAACUAGACGGUAAUGAUAGCCCGGUAUGGAAUUGUUUCUUCUUCUUCUGGUUCGGCGCUCCAGGCCAUGGUCGAGGGCAGCUGUAAUGGGGUGUAAAAACGUGCAAAGUGCUUACCGUUUGCUAUACCAUCCCGUGUGUGCGAGAUGUGUUUGAAAAGUGGAAUGGGAAUCUUAUGAAUUUAGUGGAUUUUUUUGUAUGGUCUGUACAUUAAAAAGAAAACGUAAUGCAAGAGACGACUACUAGUUAGAGGAAAAAUGGGGCUAGGCGUCAGCGAAUGAAAAUGUAUUCUUAAUGCGUAGCUAAAUUUUCACCAAAUUUUUAGAUCAUUUUUUUAAAUUUUUAAUUCCAAUUGCAAAUCACAAAACAAAUCGCAAAAAAAAGGUUCAAAACAGGUCCUAAAUUGCCCUCUAUUAUUAAAAGUAUAUUUUCCGCACGUAAGGAUGCGUCCCGGUGGUAGCCGGUCUUCAUACCGCAAUAGACCCCGGGGUUCAAAUCCCAUCCGGACCGUUCCCUCUGGGGUGAACGUGAGGGGACUGAUUAUCCAGCUACGUGGUAUCAUGUGAAGUCUAGUAAGCAAGAAAUGGCAGGCAUGACCUAAGAGAGAUCGUAAGGUCAAGAAGAGAGAGAGAGAGAGAGAGAGAGAGAGAGAGAGAGAGAGAGAGAGAGAGCGACCAAUUAUGCAAUUCUGCAAAAUUUUAAAGGUUUUCCUUAAGUUGUUUUGAACACAUCUCGUACAUAGCAAACCUUAAGCGCUUUUCCAUCGGGGGGAGGGAACGAAAUGAUUUUAUUUCCUAUUUGUUUCUCUCGAACGCAUCCCAAACAGCAGCAUGUGGAUUACGUUCGAGAUCUGGCUGGACAAAACAUUGGAGAUGAUUGGUGGUUCCAAAGUUGUGUUCCAAACCGAUCACUCCGGUUCGUUUUCCCGAAAAGACCCUUCAUAGGGAAGAGCCAUUCAAAAAAGGAGUCACAAUUUGUGGCUAAACGGACUGCUGGCGCACUAUCUAUAAGCUAUAGUUUCUGGAAUGCGUUCUUCGAUAUCCCACCACCCCGCCCGAGUUCGUUCGUUCUGUAUGUGUAAAGUAUGUGUUACUUUGUAAAAUAUCUUCUUCUUAAAUUUUAUCUUUCUAUCUUCUUCACUAUCACAAACAGCCGUAAAGCUUUGUUUACUCUUUCGUUAGGCUUAGAACAGGUUAAGCGCCGCACCCUGCAGAAGGGUUAGCAAUAGGUUUAGUUAUCGCAACUAGGAAAAGCUUUUUUUUUACCUUUAAUUGUGUAUAGGGGCUUAUGGAACGGUGGAUUUAGUUGCACCAAGCAAAUUGAUAAAAUGUUUGCCCAUAAAUGUGUUAUCAUGUUGUGGAAGUGUAUAACAGUGAUCUCUUACAGACUAGAAGAGAUGGAAUUGUUCCCCUUUUAUUUUAACCUCUCCCGACCGCACUCGACGAAGAACGAUUUCUGUAACGACUCUGCAAACACAACCGAAUUAAAAUGGGAUCCCGCCGUCUGUACGAUAGCCGUAUUUACUUAGACUCGUAGCUCAACUCCAAUGAAAUCAGUUUGUUCGGUGUCUUUUUUACAGCAGACUUCGGCGGAAUCAGUUCGAAAUCCUUUAUUCGCCAUCAAACAUUUCGCAUAAGUUUUUAACUUGCAAACAAAUCAAAAUCAAUCCUCCCAAUCGUAUGGCCAUACUGAAUGUUUUGCUGGAAAUUUGAUUACUAAAGCGGCAAUUUUCUUCCUCGUAGGUUAGCACUGUAUUCUAUACUGAUCGUAUGAGUUUUAGGAUUGACACGAGUGCUUAACAACCCGUAUAUCUAUACAUUAAGCUGAAUAAAAUAUUAAAUACAACACAGAA